AGUUAUACUAGCAUGGCUUCACGUAAUGUGUUAGCUCCGUUAUUACUGGUGGUGAUAGUCUUGUUAUUUAUUGUAAUGAAGCAAUAUUUCUAUGAAGUCAACGAAGAAGCUGAUGUACUCAAAGAUCUGUCGCACAUUGCGAAGAAACUUGACCAAGAUAUUCAAAAUAUUCCCAAUGUACCUUUACAGAAUAACCAAGGAAAUAUAAAGUUGUCUCCUUUCGAUGGUGGAAAUAUGGAACUACGCUUACAAGAUGCAGUACAAAUGCACAAAGAGUAAAUACCUGGGUGGGAAACCAGAAAUUUUUAUGGACGGAGCUUACGAUCUUUGCAUUGAACCUCAGUUCUGGGAGAAAGCCAACAAUCCCGAUUACAAAUGCCUCAUGUAUUCCUUUGGUGUGGGAUAUGAUUUCUCAUUCGAUGAUGAGAUGGCCAAACUUGGCUGUGAAGUUCAUUCAUUUGAUCCAUCAAUGACAUAUCAAGACGGCAUGGUUCGCGAGAGUGGCGUCACCUUCCACAAAAUCGGGAUUUCAGACCAAGAUCUUGAAGCUGACAGCAAAGGUUGGAAAAUGAGAACUUUGAAAACGCUCCUGAAAGAGCUUGGACAUAACGGGAGGUAUCUUGAUUAUUUGAAAGUUGAUACAGACGCUCCACAAGGAGGAUUUGAAGAUACGUUAAUGCAAGAAUUGCUUGACAGUGGACUCCAUCAAUGCGUUCGGCAAUUUGCGCAAGAAAUUCAUUUGAUGGGACCUUUAAAAAACGAAGCAAAACUAAACCGAUGUCACCGAAUUUACACGCAAAUGAACGAACUAAACGACCACGGCUGGCGACUAUAUAAUACGACGGACAACGUUAGGAGCAUAUUGCUAAAACGCCCGGGGUAUACACAGUUAAAUAACAAGCGUGGUAUAAUUACGGGGGGCUCCGCUGUUUUAUGGGAGACCGCUUUCGUUAACACAGAAAUAAAGGGGCCGUGUGUGGUGGGGUAAAAGUAGCGAGGCAAAGAAUUUAGAUUAUAGAAUCAGAAUACCAGGUCUAUUUUUGUAGGGUGAGGGGAAAUGGGACACCUUUUCCUUUUAGUUUCUCGUCCAUUUGGUAGUA